GCUCAGUCUCGUUUUGGCAGCCAAGCCGCGCACGACGUCGCUGGGUGAAAAGUUGAGAUAAGGCCAAAGACCAAAAAGAAGAAAACUUGACAGCUAUAGCAAACUCCAGUGAAUGUGCAAUUUUUUUGGUGAAGUGUUGAACGCAAAUAUAUUUCGUACAUAUAUUCGACGAGCAAAGGGAGAACGAGUGAAACCCCCUAAGUCCUAUGAAAGACUCGAUGAGCAUACUCACCCAAACGCCCAGCGAGCCAAACGCAGCGCAUCCCCAGCUGCACCACCACCUCAGUGCACUGCAGCAGCAGCACCACCAGCACCACCAGCACCACCUCCACUACGGCCUGCAGCCACCGGCGGUGGCUCACAGCAUCCAUAGCUCCAGCACCAUGUCCUCCGGCGGCAGCACCACCACCGCCUCGGGCAUUGGUAAGCCCAAUCGAUCCCGCUUCAUGAUCAACGACAUUCUGGCGGGCAGCGCGGCGGCCGCGUUCUACAAGCAGCAGCAGCACCACCAGCAGUUGCACCACCACCACCACAACAACAACAACAACAACUCGGGCUCCAGCGGCGGCAGCAGUCCCGCUCACAGCAACAACAACAAUGCAACCGGCGAUAACUGUGAGCCAGCCAAUGUCGCUGGCGUCGGUGCGCUGCCACCCGCCCUGCACCACCCACAGCCGCAUCCGCCCACGCAUCCGCACACACAUCCGCACGCGCUGAUGCAUCCACACGGCAAGCUGGGGCACUUUCCACCCACCGCCGGCGGCAACGGGUUGAACGUGGCUCAAUAUGCGGCGGCCAUGCAACAGCACUAUGCCGCUGCAGCGGCUGCUGCGCGCAACAAUGCAGCUGCUGCCGCAGCGGCCGCCGCUGCUGCUGCUGCAGCUGCUGCUGGUGUGGCCGCACCACCCGGCGACGGGGGAGUGGACGGCGGGGUGGGGCUGGCGCCACCGGCGGGUGGCGAUCUGGACGACAGCAGCGAUUACCACGAGGAGAACGAGGACUGCGACAGCGGCAACAUGGACGAUCACAGCGUUUGUAGCAAUGGCGGCAAAGAUGACGAUGGCAACAGUGUCAAGAGCGGCUCCACCAGCGACAUGAGCGGUCUGAGCAAGAAGCAGCGGAAGGCGCGUACCGCUUUCACGGACCACCAGCUGCAGACGCUCGAGAAGUCCUUCGAGCGGCAGAAGUACCUUAGCGUUCAGGAGCGCCAGGAGCUGGCCCACAAGUUGGACCUGAGCGAUUGCCAGGUGAAGACUUGGUACCAAAACCGCAGGACCAAAUGGAAGCGGCAAACAGCAGUGGGCCUGGAACUCCUCGCGGAGGCCGGAAACUUUGCGGCCUUCCAGCGACUUUACGGCGGAUCACCUUACCUGGGCGCCUGGCCGUAUGCGGCCGCUGCCGGCGCCGCCCACGGAGCCACGCCCCACACGAACAUCGACAUCUACUACCGGCAAGCGGCCGCCGCGGCCGCCAUGCAGAAGCCGCUGCCCUACAACCUGUACGCCGGCGUUCCGUCCGUCGGAGUGGGCGUUGGGGUGGGCGUGGGCGUGGGUCCAGCGCCCUUCUCCCACCUGUCCGCCUCCAGUUCGCUGUCCUCGCUGAGCAGCUACUAUCAGAGUGCCGCUGCGGCAGCCUCCGCUGCGAAUCCGGGCGGACCGCAUCCGGCAGCGGCGACACCUUCGGUGGGCGGAGCAUCUCCGCCCAGCGGCCUGGUGAAACCGGUUCCGGCCCAUUCCGCAUCCGCCUCGCCGCCGCCAAGGCCACCAUCGACGCCCAGUCCCACGCUGAAUCCGGGCAGUCCGCCAGGUCGAUCCGUCGACAGCUGUUCCCAGUCGGAUGACGAGGAUCAGAUCCAGGUGUGAGCGGUACGCCGGAGUGUGCGGCGGUUGUGUGCGUGUGCUUAUCAUCAGGCUUGGGCGGUCUCAGAAGUGCGACUUUCUAGGGGAUACAUACACUACAUAUUUCGGCUUUUCGAACUUAAGUUACAUAUCACUCAUUUUGUAUAUCUAAUUGUUUCAUGAAACAUAUAAGUUUACAGGGCAUUUAAGUUAUUUGGACGAAGUGGCAUCAGUCUUGCACCAUAUCACACGUUCUCUCCAUGGUUCCAACCUUAGUACAAAGGUAUUUUGCUUAAGUUUAACAAAAAUAUAUUUGGAGGCAUUUAUAAACUUACGAUCUAAACAAGCUAUUGGUUAGGUCAUAAAAAUAGCACAGACGUGCUCAGUAUUUAAAAGUAAACCAUGGAACCGACCAUGUGCGUGGUACAUACUAAAAAAUACUUGUCAAAGAUCAAUAUCCCCAAGAAUUCGCGUUUUUGAACCAGAGCUUAAGCCCCGCUUGUGUGUGUGUGUGUGUGUGUGCGUGUGUGCGUGUGUCUGCGUGUGUAUAUAUUCAUAGCCCCGUGUCUCUGUGUGUGUGCUUAAUUUAUUUGAUUUGCUCUAGUAACUUAUUCGAAAUGUUUUUAAAGGUUUUUUUUCCAUAUAAGAUAAAGUAUUACUAAGCAAAUAUUUAUUUAAAUGUUGUAAAAACUAGCAGCCAAAAAAGCAAAAUAAUUUUGUAUAGCUAAGCCUAACCACGAAAUGUAUUAUCGAAUAAACCAAUUUUUUUUUGUCGGUAGCCUAGACCCAUGAACGUUGUAACUGUAAAAUGUAAAGUACAUUUAACCGCAUAUUUUUUUGUCUAAAUAAAAAAUAACAGAAUGUGAAAAU